GUGCACCACUGAUGUAGAUUAUAAGAUGUAAAUACGCGAAGCUUUUACUGCGUUUAUUUGAAGUUCUCUUGUGUUUAUAAAGUGGAGGAAUGAUGAGGAGGAUUUCUCUGCAGGCUGCGCCUCUUCUCUGAUGAUCUCUCCCUUUUUUCUUUCUGAGGAUGAAAACUCAACAUCGCCUUUUUACUUGGAACAAGUUCAUCUUUCCGUAGGGCUGAUGGGAUAACGACUGUUUCGGUAUUUUCUGAGUUGUCCCUUGUUUUGUUUUUUUUUUAAAUUUUUUUUUGGUGCAGAUUUAGAUUUAAUUCCUAAACGGAGCGGCCCAUAAAAACGAGGCAAAAGACGUCCUCUCGACCUAACUUCGUUUGGUGUCUGGCUGUGUUUUUUGCUUUUUAUUUGCUUUUUAGACUUAAAAAAAAAUGUGUUUACAGUCUUGAUCUGGAGGAUUAUAGCAGAAUAUUCUUGGUGGCUUACAUGUAGCGGAGAAAGGCUCUGUGUAUUUCUGAGGGAAUUAUCAGAGGCUUAUAUAAGACGAGCCGUCAUGUAUGCAGGACGCAAGAGGAGAAAGCCAGUCCAGAGAGCGGUGAAGCAGCCACCAGCUGAUGGGGCCAAGUCCAACCCGUCCAAAAGGCAUCGAGACAGGUUGAACGGGGAGCUGGAGCGGUUGGCCAGCCUGCUGCCUUUCCCCGAGGAGGUCACCACCAGUCUGGACAAACUCUCCAUCCUCCGCCUGAGUGUCAGUUACCUGCGAGCCAAGAACUUCUUCUCUGUCGCCCUGAACAGUCGGAACGGAGUGACUCCAGCUGCUGUGGAAGAUGACGACAGCAGACCAGCAGGAGUGGUGGAGACCAAGAUUCCUGAAGGCGAACUUUUGCUGCAGGCUCUCAACGGUUUUGUCCUGGUUAUCACUGCCAGUGGGACCAUCUUCUACUCCUCUCACACCAUCCAGGACUACUUGGGCUUCCACCAGACAGAUGUCAUGCACCAGAGUGUGUAUGAACUGGUCCAUACGGAGGACCAGCAGGAGCUCAGGAGAAACUUGCACUGGGCUUUGAAUCCUCCUGCCACUGCAUCUGCCAUUACCCAGGACUCCCCCCAAGAGAUGGAACCGGACAGCAGCUCAACUGUGGUCACCUACAAACCUGAACAGCUUCCCCCAGAGAACUCGUCCUUCCUGGAGAGGAGAUUUAUGUGUCGCUUUCGCUGCCUACUGGACAACUCCUCCGGCUUUCUGGCUUUGAACAUCCAGGGCAGACUGAAGUUUCUGCAUGGACAGAACCAGCGGCAAGAAAACGGAGGAAAGGCCCCGCCUCAGCUCGCCCUUUUCGCCAUUGCGACUCCUCUGCAGCCUCCAUCCAUCCUGGAGAUCAGGACCAAGAACAUGAUCUUCAGAACCAAACACAAGCUGGACUUCACACCCAUGGCCUGUGAUGCAAAGGGGAAGAUAGUGCUGGGGUACACAGAAGCUGAACUGCGGGUACGAGGAUCUGGCUAUCAGUUCAUCCAUGCAGCAGAUAUGUUGUACUGCGCAGAGAACCACGUCAGAAUGAUGAAGACUGGAGAGAGUGGUCUGACCGUGUUCAGGCUCCUCACCAAGGAGAAUCGCUGGAAAUGGGUCCAGGCCAAUGCCAGGCUGGUGUACAAGAACGGCAAACCAGACUACAUCAUUGCCACCCAGAGGCCUCUUUUGGAUGAAGAGGGAGGAGAACACUUGCGUAAGCGCUCCAUGCAUCUACCCUUUACCUAUGCUACAGGUGAGGCCCUGCUCUACCAGUCCAACCAUCCCAUAGCAGGCUUUAGAGAUGGAAACCAUGAGAAAAAUGGCAGUAAGUCAAAGAAGAGCCGGACUGACAGGCUGAUAAGGGAUGGCGUGGACCCUGGCUCUCUUCUAGGGGCACUCAUGAGUCAAGAUGAGUCGGUAUACGUUUGCCAGCCUGCCCUGGAGCCCAAAAUGUCAUUCCAUAGCAGCCUCUUUGGAGACCAAAUGGGCUUCUCUGACUCUGAACCCUCCAGCUUGCAUAGGAGCUGGGAAGAGUCAAGCAAUGGUGUGUUGGGUCCAGGCAUCGCAGAGCUAGGCACCAGUUUUGACCCACUGCUGGCUACUCUGGACUCCCUCUCGCUGGAAGGCCAAGAGGUUGUGGAUUCGGAAGAGGGGGGUUGUUCAAAUGGCGAGCUGUUUGGAGCUCUGGAAGGGCUUGGGCUGAGUGCCGAGGACCUGGAGCUGCUGUUGCUGGAUGAACGGAUGAUCAGAGUUGAGAUGGACCCUGAACAUGUGCCCACCUUGGACGAUCUGCUGACAAACGAUGAGAUUCUGUCAUAUAUCUACGACUCUAUAGAAGGUAAGACUGAUUCCACAGACCAUGGAGGACAAGUGCCUCUCAGUACUGCCUCAGCGGCAGCCACAACAGUGUCACUACCUGCAAGUAAUCCCACCUCUGACACUAAUGUGCAAAUGCUGUUUCCUCACCAUAAGAGUCCCCUGGUGGGGCAGGCUCCCAUCGUCCAGCUGUCCCAGCAGAUGCAACAGCACCUUAACAUGCGACCGGGUAAAGUGGCACAUGACUGGGGCCAGCAGAGUGACCGUUUGGCUAACACGAUAGUUAACAGAGAGCUGCUGGGGCAAAAUCAAUCUAUUCCGAACGGACAAUGGACAGCUGAAGACAUUCUAGUCAGUGCAGGGAUACAACCGGGACACUAUAACACACAACAGACUAUUUUCAAUGGCAAGGCUUCAGAACUGGAUGACGAGCUUCAUCAGCAGCAAACGCAUCAACGCUACCUUCAGCAACAGCAGCAACCCAGGAUGCAGAACCAUCUCUCACAGCAGUGCCAUGCCAAACAGAAGGCAGCCAACCUCAACGGACUGUGUGGCAGCUCCAGCACAGAGCAUUCAGCGGGAAAAUCCGAGUGGCAGGACUAUGGAUUCAGCGAGGGUCUAGACAGCCACCCCUGCCUUGAUAACAGCCAAAAACCUUUGACAAGCACCUCACUAGAUUCUGGCAUGGAUUAUAGCAUGCCUGAUAUUGACAAUGCAGAUUACACUAUUAGUGGAAAUGGUUUGUUUGGGAGGAGUGGACAACAGCACGGGGCUGAGUCCACAGUUUCAUCCUUCCAGGGGAUGAACCAUAAACGGCAGCAGGAGCAGAUUCCAGUUCCUUUGACCCAGAUCAUCUCCAGCCUGUCACAGCGCCCUCCCCCCAAUGCUUCCCUGGAGCAGAUCCUAGGAGUGAGCAAGCCUUGCCGGCAGUUGGACCACUAUGGCAUGGUGACCUCUGAGAUCCCUCAUGACCCCAGUCCCAAUAAGAUGGAGAAUGGCUGCAUCCUGAACAGUACUUACCCAGGAGGCUGUGCUCUGCCCAACAGGAACGGAGCAGCGCCCCCUACUGCGCAGAUGCCCGUCCCUGAGACUUUGUCCAGCCUCCCCGACCCACCAGCCACCGGCUUCUACCUCUGACCAGCUGAUCAGGAGCAGUCAUGCAGCAGGACACUGUUAAUGGCCAGAAACACACAAUAACUGGACCAGCCUUAUACAUCUAGAUAACACGACAAGCAAAGCUUAAUAAAUGUAGGCCUAUAUGUUUUUCUUUAUUUUGUUUCGAAUUUGUAAUAUUCUUUUGUGGGGGGAGGGGAUCAUUGUGUUGUAUUUCAAGUCAUAUUAUCAUAUGAGUCCUUUGUUUACAAUAAUGCAGUCAAGAGUGCUCAGCUGAGUUUAUUUUAAGUAAUACAGAGAGGUAAAUUAUGAGUUUGAGUUUUACAAAUCUGCGUUCAGAUACAACACAAAGCACAAUUUAGAUUCAGAGUCAACAAAUAUUAUGGAUAGUAUACUGGAUUAUGGAUUUUUUGGGCGGGGGGUUCAAUACCAAUUAUUCAAUAUAUAAAUCUAAAAUCUGCACGCAGUGAAAGAACAAGAUAAUAAAAGGAACAAAUGUCUUAAAAAAUGUGGAUAUACUGGGUUAAUAAUGGGUGGUGUUGGGUAAAUGAUUGAUACCAGUUUACCAGUGGUAGCUGUAUAUAAGCCAAUAAAUAUCACUUGUAGUAGAUCAAGGGAUUAUCAACAAAUUUGAUUAAUCAUUUUUCAAGCAGACAUUUGCAGCUUCCAGCUUCUCAAAUGUCAGGAUUUGCUGCUUUCUUUGUCUUAUAUGGAAGUAAGUUGAAUAUCUUUGAGUUUUGGACUGUUGGUCAGACAAAACAAGACAUCUGAAGAUGUCAUGUUUGGCUCUACGAAUUUAUGAUCAGCAUUUUGUCAUCAUUUUCUGACAUUUUAUAGACAAAACUAUUAAUCGAGAAAAUAACCAACAUAUUAAUUGAUAAUGAAAAUGAUCGUCGGUUGCAGCCAUAAAUUGUAAGAUGUGAAAACAGGCAAAGGAUGCAGACAAACUAGGCAAAGAGAGGUUGAUAUAUGUCUCCACUUCAUGAAUGUACAGACACAGGACCAGAAAGGACAGGGUCUGGAGUAUUAGUAUCUGGCCAAGCAUCAAAUGCAGUUCGUUGUCAUGUGGCUUUUAUUGAGUUUUGUCCUGAUUUUAUUUAUAAUUUAGUUUUAGGGUUAGGGUCAUUUGAUUUGCUUUGUAUCUGAACGCACAAUAAAACACACACAAACCCACGCUCUAUCGUCGUCAGUGCAACUCCAACGUGAUUGCAGGCUUUUGGUACUGGCAGUCGACAGGACAUCGGCAUCUCAGUUUUCAGUUUUCCAUCAUGCUACAAGAAUGUAAUCUUUCAGUGUUCAGUGAUUUCUUUGUUGAACAGUUUUACUUGUCAACAAUGAGAUUAAUCCAUAUAUGUUUGGAAAAAAGUAUAGAAUAUGGAAAUUAUGGCUAGAUAUAUCCUGCACUUUAUUUCAAGCACCCACUUAAUGCAGAUCUGUAGUCAGGGAUACUGGCGUUAUAAAAACAACAGACCCUGUUUAUCUUUGAAGUACGGAUGCAACAUGGAGCAGUUUGCAUUUUUCUUCUUAUUUUGAGGUACAUUUCAGGUGAUGGGUUAAUGUCCUCACAAGCACAAACACUUCUAUACAAUUGUUAGUGUCAUCAUUUGUAUCUUUCACCACUUGAAUUAUUAUUUUUGUUGUUGUUGAUAAUGUUGAUAAUCUUGGACCUCUGGAUGCGUUUUCUCUUUUAUUUUGGUCAUUGUUAAAAGUUUAACUGGCUCGAUUAGAAGAAGUCCAUUUUCAUUUUGUCUAUUUAUUCAUGUCCUACAGCAAGUAAGCAUUCUUGAUUGUUUUGAAGUUGAUGUGUAAGACAUUCUCUUGUACAAAAAAAGAAGAAAAUUUAAAGCUUUGUCAUCCUGUAGCUAAGCAGUUGUUGCACUUGCUCUCCAGAGGGAAGCAGUGGAAAAUCAUUCUACAGUGAAUUCAGACCCAACUCCAUUAAAGUACAAUCAAACCAGAGUUUUUAAAGGAAAAGUCAGACAUCUUGUUUGCUGUCUCACUCAGAGUUGGAAGGGAAACACAUACUGGAUGCGCAGAAAUGAAAUUAUACCAAUCUUCUCACCUGCCUUGUCAUCUGAGUUAGAAAACAAACAUAUUUCCCCAAAAUGUGAGACUUUUCCUUUCAAAUGGUAGAAAACUUGGUGAUACAUCAGGGCAGUAAUUUCAGGUCUACACAGCAUCUUGGAGCAGUUACAGAAAGGCAAACACUGAAAAACCAAAUGUGAGUAUUAAAAAGAGAUCUCUACUGGAAGGAUACAGUUCUGAAUGUUUCUUGUACAUAGCACAAUGACCGGAAAAUGAUGCAGAGAAGAAUUAUUUCAUCAAGCAGAGAUGCUGAAAAGAGAUUUCCAUUGAAUUGUUUAAAUAAUGUCAUUACAAUUGGUAUUAAUAUUAUUGUUAUAUGUUUUAUGAUGAAAUGUGAUACACGUGUCAUUCGAAUUGACUCGUUUCUUUCCCUUUCUUUUUACUACAGCAGAAAUGUUUGCUAUAUUUAAUAUGAUUGAUGUGACUUAUUAACAAUGUGAAAAAAGAUGUGUAUAUAAAGGCAAACAAGCUUUGACAAAUACAGGUAUGUACAUAGUUUUACGUCAAGUCACUCGUUUCAAGCACUAUUUUUAAAACACAUGCUUAUCAAACUCCUAUGUUGAUUCUUCCCCCCCCCCCCAUUUUUUAAAUUGUAAAUAGUACUCUCAUCACAAAACACUGGACUCUAUGACUGCCUGAAAUGGUGCCAUACUACUGAGACUUAUUAAAUAGUCUAUAAUGUUGGAGAGUUUAAUUUUCUUUUGUUUAGCCACAGUAACUUUAACAUGCUAACAGGACAAGGUGUAGAUGUUGCAGAUUUGAUCCGUGUCCUUUGACUGCUUGUUUCAAAUGUAUUAUUUUCUUCCUCUGAAAUAAAGGAUUUCUUCAAUCACAGCGAAAACACAAACAUCUCGCAAGCAUCUAACUCUGACCACUCAUGCGUCUCGCUCUCUGAGCCCUCCAGUUUUGUAUUCACUUGGACAGGAAACAGCAGGGGUUUCCAACCUUUGUCAGUGACUCCUUACUGUGGACCCCUGACAUGUAAAGGUGCUAUGUGUAGCAUUUUAACAUCAAUAAAUCAUUACCACAUUAA